AGCGAUCGCCAUGGUCCGCGGCAUCGUGUACUUAGCAGGAGGAGUGCUCGCAGGGGCAGCGCUGAGCGAGAACAAGGAGCUGGUCACUGAUGUGCUGCUGAGCACAGGAAACUUCAUGAAGAUGCUGUCUCGGGAGCUGCUCCAGUUGGAGUUCCAGGGGAAGAGGAUGAACGAGGUUCCGGUGGUGAAAAACGUGCUGCUCUACUUCUCCUCCCUCAACAUCGAGCGCGAGUAUCUCAACGAUGGAGUGACGAAAGCGAGAGGAUUCGUGAGGGAUGUGGUGGGGAAGCAGGACAGGAUUGCGAUGGAGCAGCAAGGAGGAGGAGCAGGAGGAGCAGGAGGAGGAGUGCUGGCCACAACCGUGAAACUCUCCAUCCCAGCAGCCAUCGCCGCCUUCCUCUACUGGGACAAGCCGGCGAGGGAGUGGGUGUGGGCUAAGACGCUCAGGGCGUACGAGGAGGUGAGGAGGAGGUUUGAGAACCUGCCCACAGUAGUUGGAGACAAGAAAUAUCAGGAAGCAGUUCAGCGGCGGUUGACGCAGGACCUGGAGGAGCUCAAUCGCUGCAUCCAGUCGUGGGGAGGAGGAGGAUGGGAAGUGGUGCAGGAGGAGGUCAGCAAGAGGAGUGUGAUAGCUGUGCGGCACCUCAGAACUUGGACGAGAGACGUCGCUCGCAAGGUACAUGGCAUCGUUGUCUCGAGAUUUCCUCCUGGAGAAGGCAAGCCAGCUGUGGCAUGAGGAGGGAGAGGGACGAGGAGGAGGAGGAGGAGAGAAAUAGCGAGGAGAAGGAGAGGGAAGAAGAGUUGGCGUACGAGAGUUUGCGUA